AUGGUCCUUCUCAUGACCACCACUCUUCUCAAUUUUCCUCCUCAACACAUGGUUCAAGCACAAACUUGUACUGCCAAUGCUGGUUCAACACCAACCAGUCCAACCUAUCUGUGUCCUCUCGGUUACAUCAAUACUAGAACCUCUGCUACAACAUGGGAAUGUAAGAAAGCCACAGAUAUGCAAACUUCUGUAGUGAAUCAAAAAUCAUGUCAAACCUCUGCAGAUUGUGCAUUAAAUCCCAACGAUGAUACCUCUACCUAUGCUUCCAAAUUACUUGUGACUUGUUCCAAUGGUAAAUGUGUGUAUUCAAGUUCAAGACUUGCUGGUGAUUCGUGUAGUUGGAGUGGACAAUGUUUGGGUGGUCGUUGUGAUUUAUUGACAGGCAAGUGUGUUUCUACUCUGUUGAACACGGCCCGAAAAGAUCAACGAUGUGAAGUGGUCUUGGCCAAUGAAGGACAAGUCAUUUCGUGUCAAGAAAAUACUGGUGAAUCAUUGAAAUGUUAUACCGAUGUGACCAUUCAAUCCACACCCUACAAGUCAUGUUAUGCUAAAAAGACAGUUCCAGUUGGAAUUCAUACUUGUAUGGCUCUUUUAGAAGAUGGAUCUUCAUGUUCCACACACAAGGAAUGUAAGAGUGGUGAUUGUCAAUUGAGUGAUGUCAAUGAUCCUCAAUCUGCAUACAUUUGUAAGAAAUUGAAAGGUUAUGGUGAAUUGUGUGACUCUACAACGGAAUGUUCCAAUGCGUAUGCAUGUCGUUCGACCGAUGCCAAAUCCUCUCGUCGAUGUUUACCAUUCGCAGAAUUGGGUGAAUUUUGUAAUACCGAUUCCGAUUGUCGAUACAACAAGCCAUUUACUUUUGGUUCCAACACCGUGGUGAAUACAUUGGUCGUGUGUUCUGUCUCCAAGUGUAUUCGUGCGUUUGGACAAGGAAAUGGACAACGAUGUGAACUCAAUACUCAUUGCUAUACUGGAUUUUGUGAUCAACAAACUGGUAAUUGUGCCAAUCCACCCGUUCAAAAAUGUACAGCUCCAGCUCCAAAUGACAAUUGUCCUUAUUGUGCUUGUAAGGAUGGUAGCGGUGAAGGUACUUGUGUCACUACGAACAAUUGUCCAGGAUACAAAUUGGAUUUACAAAUUUGUGUGUACAAUAACUUUGUGAAUUCAUUGACAGAUCCACUCGCGAAUAGUUAUUACAAUUUGGUGGCUCGAUCGGCCAUGGAUUCUUUAUUUGUGGAUCGAGAAUCAUCCAUUUAUACCAAAUGUAGAUCCUAUUUCACUAAUUAUUGGAGUUGUAUGCAAAAUAAUGACAAGUGGACAGUUGCUGAAUUUGAAGGAUUUGUUCCAGGUGUUCAACCAGUUCCUAAUUUGAUCAUGCCAAAGGUAUUGAGUGGAGCUUCUGGACUUUCAUCAUCACUUGUGUUGUUGAUCAUGAUCAUCUUGGUGGUGGCCUUGCUUCAAUUCUAA